CUGCUACUUCCGGUUUCCGGUGGGCCGGUCGUUUCUCUCUGAAGUCUUGUGUGCUGUGUGCACUUUUACUUCCUAGUUUAGCUCCUCUUUCAACGAAGAAAUUCGUGUAGACUGACCAGAGUCCGCGAAUUUCUUCCUAAUUCCACUCCCGGGUGUUAUUCUGCUCAUAAAUCUCUGACAAGUAGUAACAAUGUCGGAAAAACACGAAUUUGGAAUUGCUCCAGUGACCUGCCACUCUUUCAAUAAAGAACGCACUGGUCUUGUCCUGUCCUUGAAUGAUUCAAAUGUGAAAAUCUACAAGAAGUCCGGGGCUAAGUGGCAGGAGACUGAUACUCUCAGUGAGCACGGGCAACGGGUCACUGGCAUUGACUGGGCGCCAAACAGUAACCGCAUUGUGACUUGCUCAGCUGAUCGUAAUGCCUUUGUUUGGAUGUUAGAAGGGAACAAGUGGAAGCAAGUUUUGGUGAUUCCUCGUAUCAACCGAGCUGCUACAUGUGUGAAGUGGUCUCCUAAAGAGAACAAAUUUGCAGUUGGGAGUGGAUCUCGUCUGAUUGCUAUUUGCUAUUAUGAUGUUGAAAAUGACUGGUGGGUCAGCCGUCACAUCAAGAAGCCAAUUCGCUCCACUGUUACAUGCUUGGACUGGCAUCCCAACAAUGUUCUCCUGGCUGCUGGGUCUACAGACUUUAAGUGCAGAGUCUUUUCUGGCUACCAGAAAGAAGUGGAUGAAAAGCCAGGCCCUUGCUCGUGGGGUACAAAAAUGCCAUUUGGAGCUCUGAUGGCAGAGUUCAGCAAUGGAGGAGGUGGUUGGGUCCACUCUGUGUCUUUCUCCCCCAGUGGAGAUCGUGUGGCCUGGGUGGGUCAUGAUGCUAGUGUGUCUAUUGUUGAUGCCACCAAAGGAAAUGAACUGCAGGUGAUCAAGGGCGCAUUUCUGCCUUUCAUGAGCAUUUCUUGGAUCACUGAGAACAGUGUUGUGGCUGCUGGCUAUGACUGCAAUCCAAUGUUGUUCUCUUUCAAUGGUGGGAAAAUCACCUUGGUUGGGAAGCUUGAUCAACCUCAGGAGAAGGAGUCCAGCACUAUGAGGUUACCAAGUGUAAGUGAUGCGGGUAAUGAGAACGGCACCCAGAAUUCAGAUGCGGAAGAUGAAGAGAGCGAAAUAGAUGUGAUUGCAAGUGCCAUGAAUCGCUUCAAGAACCUGGAUAAGAAAGCCACUGCAAGUGAUACAGCCACUGACCUGAAGACCCAGCAUCAGAACACAAUCACCCAAGUGUCUAUCCACACUGGCAGCAAGUCUGAUGCCAGCAAGAUUGUCACCACUGGGGUUGAUGGUGCCCUCAUUCUUUGGGAUCUCAGGUCUCUGGAGAAGAGCAUUCAAGGCCUUCGCAUUUCCUAAGUGGAUAGGACAAAGUGACAUCUGAUGUGAUCAGAGAUGUUUUGCCUUGCACAGAAUGUGGAUGCGAUUUGUCAUUUCUUUCUUUUACAGUACCCUCUUAUUAAUAAAGGCUCUUUUAUUCUUUCUGCCAAAUUGAUCAUUGUUUUUACCUGUUUGUACUGGAUUGAAUGAAAUAUUUCAAACUUGUCCAAUUGAAUUUCAGUGAUCGUAAUUAUUGUAGGUGAGGUGUAAUUUCUUUAUGCAGAAAGAGAAAUGAUGUUACAUUGUUUUGCUCUUUCUAUUUUUUAGUUACAUGCUAUUGUUUGUCGUCUCUUGAGUGGAAGAAAAUUGUUAGAUAUAUGAACUGAUGAAGAGGUCAGGGGUUUUUUCUUAUAUUUAUCAAUCACUGAGAUACAGUGAUGAUUUCUUAUUCACCAAAAUAUUCCAGUGUUGAUAAAAUUGCUAUUAUGUUCACUCAUAUGUUGAAUUACAUUGCAUAAAAGUAUUUCAAUAAUAUUAAAGAAGUGAAAGACCAUUCAUUCACCUUCA